CGAUUGAUAUUUAAAACGGAUUUUUCGUUUAUGAACACAAUGAUUGCGUUUCUCAAAUACCGAGACGAGAUUAGUGUAAACAUAAACGUGUUACUGUUAACUUAUUAGACGGAAAAAUGCAAUUAUUUAUUUUCGUAACAUUUUGCUUAACCUUGAGUUGGGCUGAUGUCUCCCAUAUUGUGGGUAAUGAACACGAUCAUCAACAUCAUCAUCAUCAUCAUCAUCAUUAUGAGAGUACAACUUCACCGCCCGGACCACCGAAUCCGUACGUGUUUAGUUAUCAAGCUGGCCGAGCACCCGGACAUGUCGAUCGUCAACAUACUGAAGUUUCCGACGGUACCGGUGUAGUGCGUGGUGCUUUUUCAUAUGUGGAUCCCAAAAAUCAGGUACGCACUGUGCAAUACGUAGCCGAUGAACAUGGUUUUCAUCCUCAACUAAGUCAUGAAUUGGAGGAUAGUGAAGCGGUUAAAGCAGCUAAACAAAGACACUUUGACUUAUAUAAUCGAAUUGCGCAAGAGCAUGCAGCUGGAGGUGUACCGGCGGCGGUUUCACAAGCAGGACCUCAACAAAGCGAAGCAGUGAUAAAAGCGACCAACAAACAUUUGAGUUUAUAUGAACGUAUAGCUGCUCAGCAUGCUGCGAUAGGAGCCCAACAUGAGGCUGCCCGUUUGGCCUUUGAAGCGACUUCUGAGCAUAGCAUACAACCCGAAGAUAAUAGCGUUUAUUAUCAAAAACAUUAAAAGGCUAUUCAACACUAUUUCAAAGGAAGCGAAUCAAUCCUAAGUUUUAGUUAAUUGAAAUUGUUCAAAAACUCUUUCAUUCAUGCUCUUUUUGUGUGUUAUUUAAAAUAAAUGAAUUCAACGGCCUUCUGCAUAUAA